AUGGAUAUCAUUGAAAUUUCUAGAGAAACUCAUGUCACCAAAAUAGUGCACAGCGAGCCAUAUGAUGCUAUCUCCACUGACAACCCCAAGCUCAACCAAUCUGGCAAGACUAUCUUGAUCACUGGCGGCGGGACGACAAUCGGCAAUGGAAUUGGGCGCUCUUUCGUACGUGCCGCAGCCGAGACGGUCAUUAUCCUGGGACGACGUCUCGAGGUCCUUCAAGAGGGCGCCAGUCGCCUCGAGCAAGAGGCGAAAACCGCUGGAACGCACACCAAGAUCAUCCACCGCCAGCUUGACAUCACCGACUUCUCCGCCGUCGAUGCAUUCUGGAAGCAGCUAGCUUCCGAAGGGAUUUCCGUCGAUGUGUUUGUGUCGAAUGCUGCCGCUUUUCCCCAGCUGAAGCCUUUGUUGGAGUCAGGUGCAAAGAAUAUGUGGUCGGACCUUAAUGCCAACUUCGUCGUCAAUGUCUCCAGUAGCGUGACGCACAAUUAUAUGCACGACACCACCACGCAGUUUGCCGCAUACGCACUAAACAAAUCAUGUGGAACUAUGCUCUUCCAGAUGGUUGCCAAGGAUACACCAGUUGAGGAGAUGCAGAUCACCUCAAUGCACCCUGGCCUUAUCUGGUCGCCGGAGUGGGUGAAAAUGGGCUUCAAAGACGAUGUUGGAUUUGACAACAUCGCUCUUCAGGGUAAUUUUGCAGUUUGGCUCGCAACCCCGAACGCGGCAUUCCUCCAUGGCCGGUUUGCUUGGGCAUCUUGGGAUAUUAAUGAGCUGUCCGAGGGACCAAUUCGCGAGCGCAUUGAGGAGGACCCUUACUAUCUCAAGAUGACCAUACGUGGUGCCAACCCAUGA